AUCAUGUGACAUCUAAAAUGGCGGUGUCCAGCGAGGCGGAGGAGGAGGCGGCAGUUUACUUAAUAGUGUGCGGUAUACCCUCGGAGUUGCGCUCAGCCCAGUUACGGAGCUACUUUAGCCAGUUCCGGGAACAGCGCGGCUGUGGCUUCCUCUGUUUCCACUACCGGCAUCGGCCUGAGCGGGCCCCCUCCCAGGUUACUCCCGACUCUACCCUAACUCCUAUUAGCCAGGGUCUCAAUCAAAACGAUGCCCGCGCUCUCUCCACUCAGGAUUCUGCUUCCGCCCAGACUCGCACCUGCUGCUGCGUCAUCUCGGUACGGGGGGCAGCUCAAGCCCAGAGGUUUCUCCGCAUGUACUCGGGCCGCCGGUGGCUGGAUUCUCAAGGGACUUGGUUACCUGGUCGUUGUUUCAUCCGCAGACUUCGGCUACCUACUGAGGCAUCAGGUUUGGGAUCCUUUCCCUUCAAGACCCGGAAGGAACUGCAGAGUCGGAAGGCUAAGAGUGAAGCUUUCACACUGGCCGAUCUGAGGCAACUGCCAGAGCUGAACCCACCAGUGCUGAUGCCCAGUGGGAACGUGGGGACUCCCUUGCAGGUCUUUUUGGAGUUGAUCCGGGCCUGCCGCCUACCCCCUCGGAUCAUCACCCAGCUGCAGCUCCAGUUCCCCAAGACAGGUUCCUCCCGGCGCUAUGGCAAUGUGCCCUUCAAGUAUGAGGACUCAGAGACUGUGGAGCAGGAAGAGUUUGUGUACACGGCAGAGGGUGAGGAAAUACCCCAGGGAACCUGCCUGGCAGACAUACCAGCCAACCCCUGUGGAGAGCCAGAAGAAGAAGGGGAAGAGGAAGAAGAGUCACACUCAGAUGACGAUGAUGACCGGGGUGAGGAGUGGGAGCGGCAUGAAGCACUGCACGAGGACGUGACUGGGCAGGAGCGGACCACUGAGCGGCUCUUUGAGGAGGAGAUUGAGCUCAAGUGGGAGAAGGGCGGCUCUGGCCUGGUGUUCUACACUGACGCCCAGUUCUGGCAGGAGGAAGAAGGAGACUUUGAUGAACAGACAGCUGAUGACUGGGAUGUGGACAUGACUGUGUACUACGAUACAGAUGGUGGAGACAAGGAUGCCCGAGACUCUGUCCAGAUGCGUCUGGAACGGAGACUCCGUGAUGGCCAGGAGGCUGGCUCUGUGACUGGAUGCCAGGUGGGCACCUUUGAGCGCCAUACCAAGGGCAUUGGACGAAAGGUGAUGGAACGACAGGGCUGGGCUGAGGGCCAGGGCCUGGGCAGCCAGUGCUCAGGGGUACCUGAGGCCCUGGAUAGUGACGGCCAACACCCCAGAUGCAAGCGUGGAUUGGGAUACCAUGGAGAGAAGCUACAGCCAUUUGGGCAACUGAAGAGGCCCCGUGGAACUGGCCUGGGGCUCAUCUCCACUAUCUACGAUGAACCCCUACCCCAGGACCAGGGGGAGUCACUGCUCCGCCGCCAGCCACCGACCAGCAUGAAGUUUCGAGCAGACAUGGCCUUUGUGAGGGGUUCCAGCUGUGCCUUGGACAGCCCCUCAGAACCUGAGUGACAGGGUCAAGGGCUUCCUUAGUCAGGAUUACUUACAACUGCAAAGUGGCCACCCUGUGCCCAGCCUUAUCUCCCACCAAAGGAGAAAGAAUUCUGGGAGCAACAGUCUGUGCGGCUUGUUCAAGAUGCUUUGUUCAGAACUUGCCUUCUGGUUCUCUACCUCAGGGGUGUUUUUAGAGACAGUCCCCUAUUCUUCUAUUUGAUGAUAGGGCUUAAUGACCUCUCCACGGUGUCUCCUAACCCUAGUCUCUGUUUGGGCUUGCUCCUGUUGCCUCCUCCAGUACCUCGAAAAGCUGGACUGACUGAGGUUAUCAGCACAACCCUCCCGGGGGGUAGGAGGAUGGGGGUCAUCAUGAAGCCCAGAAAGAGGGGGAAAGGGAUAUGGAAAAGGAGAGGAUUUGUGCUCCGAAGAGAUGGUCUUGGGGCGGGCCCUCCAAUGCCUCUACCCUUAACUGGCUGGGACCGGACAGCGGAGAGUCUGCAGCAGGUGUCCCGGGUCUGCGACUUAACGGGAGAAUAAAGUUUACUACCGAA